UAAUCGGUGAUACAGUGCCAGUGAUUCAUGAGCGAAUCCCCCGACUCGCGAGAGAAUCCAUCGAAAUCCAGAGAUCGAUCGUACGACGCCAUCGCCAUCGAAUUCCGAGAUCGAAUAGUUUCGCAGUUUCGAGAGUCAGAGGAUCGGGAGAAUAUGAAAUUUUCGCUCCACUGACGAAGGAAAAUUCGAACGGCUUCGUCCAGUCGAUCUUAAACGGCGUUAUUUUCCAUUUGCCUUCGCGCGGUUUCGGUUCGAAGAACGUAAUGAGAAGACAACGGUCGUAAGUUUCAGCGAAGGAUCGAUUGUGUCGAAGUGUUUAUGAAACAUCGAUAGGGUCAGGCUCGCACGGGAUUGAACGAAGAGGACAAGGAACUCGGAAGAUCGGGGAAAAGUGAACGAUAUCAUCAUUGUCCGUCGUACUCUCUCUUUCCAGGUUUUUCGAGAGUGCUCUGCUCGAGUUAAUGCGCCUAAACAGGGCGUGAAGUUUAAACGCCGGCUUUGAAGAAUACGAUAGAACGCCGAGAUUUCCGAAAUGAUCGCGCCAGUGGUAUUCUUGAUUUUCUUAAUCAGUCACGUUUCCGCGCGUGACGUUGACUUCUGUUUCGCCGACGAGGAUGAUCCGUAUCUGUACAUGGCCACUAAAACGGCCUACCAUUUUGUUCACGCUGGCAAAACACGGUUCCAGGACGUGCCCAACUGUCGUGCAGAGCAAGUGUGGAUGUUCGCCACGCAUGGUACGCGAUGCCCGACCGAGCCAGAGAUCAUGGAAAUGCUGAAACUGACGGACCUGCAGGAUCAGAUAGUUAACAACCACGAAUCACGAAACAACGGACGCAUGUGCAACAGGGACCUGGAGAACUUGAAAAGAUGGAAGCCUAACGAUUAUCUCGUAAUCGAAAGAGCGGAAAUUUUGACACCGCAGGGUGUGGAAGAUAUGAGAUUGCUCGCCAGACGAUUGCAAAGCAAUUUCCUUCAGCUUCUGCAAGCCAAAGACGAGAACGUAACCGCGAAGAACUACAUGUUCAAGACAACCGAUACACGUGACAUGGAAUCCUUCAUGGAGGGACUGUUUGGGAACAGACAGGCAGUGGAUGCAGAGGAAGUGCCUAUAAAUGACACUUUACUGACGAUGUACAAAUCCUGUAACGUAUGGGACAACGAGCACAGCAAUAUCUCCGUCGAGGAGGUAAUGAGGUUCGAGGAAGGCCCGGAAUUCAGAGACCUGCUGCAGAACGUGAGUCGACGACUCGGAUUCUUGUACGACAUCUCCAGAGAAUCCAUUCUAACGAUGUACGACAUGUGCCGUUACGAAAAGGCCUGGACAGUGACGCAACUUUCACCUUGGUGUGCCGUUUUCAGCAAAGAAGAGCUUCGUGUGCUAGAGUAUCGCGAAGAUCUCUACUAUUAUUACAAAGCCGGAUAUGGACGUGAAAUCAAUGCUCAGCUAGGAUGUACGCUUUUGCAAGACAUGAUGAAUCACUUUUGGAAAGUGGAACAGGACAGAGACUCGAACGAGCCCAGAGGCGUGUUUUACUUCAGCGAUAUCAUAAGCCUGCAGAAUCUCUUGACCACGCUGAACAUUAACAAAGACCAAAUGCAACUGACCGCUUAUAAUUACAAGGAUAUGGCGAAACGUCAGUGGCGAACGUCUUUCAUAUCACCCUUCGCCGCGAAUAUCGUCGCUGUAUUUUACAAAUGCGACAGCAGCAGCCAGCCAAACAAAGUCAUGUUUUACUUGGCCGAGAAGCUGGUCCUGCUCGACGGAUGCGACGUGGGCCUGUGCGAUUGGGAAUACUUCAAGCAAAAGUACAAUCCGGUUCUCAAACAGUGCAAUCUGAACGCCUGUUGGAACGGAAAUGGCGCCGCCACUUACGCGGCCAACGUCGUCCUCGUUCUCUUUUCAUGCUUCUCUCUAGUCCUGGUCAGGAAAUAAGAAAACGCCGGGACGUCGCGCGCAUUGUCGAUGUUCGUAAUUUAGGAACGAUGCAUAAUAUAUGUUCAACGUAACACGUAUAAAGGUUAACCUUCAUUAUGGCUACUCGAUAAGAUAAUUUCGAAACACCGGACAUUGCAAUCCGCGUACAUUCCGCUGUGCUUUCAGAUCGCCAAACGUGUAUAUUUAAUACUUGUAUUCCUAUUCUACCGCUCUAUACGUAAUUUAUACGCAUUUAUUCUUCUUUACCGUCAUCCUCAUUUGUUUAUACGUCACGCAAUAUGUACUCGAAUAAGUGGAGUAUUAUUUAUAUUGUCUCUCUUCCUGAUGAUGUCCGUCCGACUCGUGAUGAUUACGCAAAAGUAUAUACUCGUAUCGUGCACAAUCACUAUCUCAUCGUUGCUUGGUAUUCUCUUUCGGGAUAUUUUCCCCAUUCGAAAUUUCGCGGCUAAACCGAGGGCAACGUGUCUCUAUACGCUUAACGAACUUACAGAUUCGAUUUACAAAAUGGCCUCUUCUCGUACGUUCUAUCCGUUUACUUGUAAUGGCAAAU